AGUCCAGAAACAGGAAGUGAAGACGAUGCUGCAUAAGAACGCAAGUGUCUUGGAGAAAAUAUGUUAAAUUUUAGACGUUUAAAACAAUUAGGGAAAUUCUAAUACAAUAUUUGGCACUCUAUUCCUUUUAUUUCUUUUGUUUUAAAAUUUCAUUUUCGGGGAUAAUUUUAUUAAAAAUGAGGAAAGAAUUCAUUUGGAACUCUAUAAAAUAAUAUCUCACUAAUUUGAUAUAAAUUAGUGACCUCCCUUACUUGAAAUGAGAACGGUAAAGUGGUUUUUGAACUCAUUGUUGGCGAUCUGCUUAAUCUGCAAAACUGUGAGCCCAUUAUACUCUCAAAAGAAGCUUGUAAAAGAAAGAAAUUGCAGUGGUAUACGGAGAAUGAAAAAUGCUACAUCUGAUGGAACGUAUUUAGUAGACGUAGACGGAGAAGGUCCUUUACAUCCUAUAUGGGUAGAUUGCCACAUGGGUGAUGGAGUUGAUCCAUAUCAGAUAGUGACAAUUGUUCAUCAUAACGCUGAAAAAGAUAUGGAUGUCCGAGGUUACGAAGAGGCUGGGAAAUAUGCUCUUAAUAUAUCUUAUAUGGGAGCUUCUGAGGCUCACGUGAUGAGUCUAAUAGAUUCAUCGUAUUCUUGUCAGCAGUACAUUAAAUGGGCUUGCAAAGGAUCUAUGUUUGGAUUUUGGUAUCCUCCUGAUCUUACAAGUUGGUGGAUAGGUAGAUAUUGGAGAGACCAAUAUUAUUGGGGUGGGGCUGAAACAGAUAGUAGAAGUUGUGGUUGCCACCCAUACUGUAAAGAAACAAAACGUAACAGCACAUGCAACUGUGACGAUAACAACAAACUGAAAUGGCUGGAAGAUUCUGGUUUGCUUUUGGAUUCUAAAAGAUUACCGGUUCUUCAACUUCGGUUUGGUGAUACGGGAGAGGUGAAUGAAGCUGGAAAACACCGUCUUGGACCACUCAUAUGCAGAGCUGAGAAACAUCGCGAAAUUCUUAUGAAUGUUCUGACUGCUCCUGUUAACUUCACAUCACCUGGAUACAACACGGAGAAAGACAAAAGUAAAUACCCGCCAGCUUUUCACCGUUAUACAUGGACAGUGAAGAUCCCGAAAGGGGAAACCAUGGAAUUAGUGUUUUCAGAUUAUGAUGUCGUACAUUUUGGUGCAUACAACACAGUGCCUCGAUGUAAAAGUGCAGUAACUGUCAUGAUUGACGCAGAGAAUUCUAGAAAAAUUGUAAUUUCUCGACAGAAAAGUCCGCCAUAUUACGUGUCUGAAGGAGCAAGGACUGUUCUCAAUAUUACGCUUACAACAUGCAAUCAAGAUUCAAAUCUCAAGUUAGGUAAAGGUUUCAAGGCUUCUGUUCGGCGCACCGAAUGUGGAGGAUGCAAUGCAGGAUUGGGAGUAAAUAAGGGAAUAACAUAUUGCAGUGGAGUUUGUGGAAUCAUUACUUCUAAGGAUUAUCCUUUUCCACCGGUUUACUAUUUUUUAUCGGAAGUCUUUGUUGAAUACAACCACACUUGGAUAUUACGUGUUCAGCAAAACUAUAUCAUACAAUUGGUGUUCCAAGAUUUCGAUGUACCAAGUGUUCCAGGAUCUAGAAACUGUUCCACAGAGAGUGGUGUUCUAUGGUUGUAUAAUGGAGAAAAAGCCACAAGAAACAAUCUCAUUGGAGGUUUUUGUAACCUUAAUAGAGAAGGUAUUAUAUAUUCUGCAUCUAGUACGAUGACGAUUGUUUAUGUUACAAGAUGGAAAAAAAUUGGCAACGGCAGAGGAUUUCAUGCGAUGUAUAGAGGAAUCGCUCGUCGACCAACAGACGAUUCAAGAUUAGAGGAUAUAAGAAAUAUAGCUAAAGGUAAACCAGCUAAACAAUCUAGUACAAGAGACGAAAGGUAUGCGUUUUAUGGUGUAGAUGGAAAUAGCGAGACAUUGAAGACUCUUUCUAUCUGUACGGCUACAAAGUUUGAGACAGAUCCUUGGUGGCAAGUCAAUUUGCAGAAGCGUCAUCUUAUUCAUGGAAUUGAAAUUCAUAGCACAAGAUCUGAAUCUAAGCUAGGGGAAAGUAAGUUAAUGUGGCCAGAAGGACUGUAUGGUCUACCUAUGCCAGUGUCAGGUUGUCCGUCAAGCAAGAAUUUUACAUGGAAAACAGGAUAUCGAUACCACGAUAUUCAGUAUGACAUAAUACAAGAUACAAAGGUACUUCACUGGUCAGAAGGAUGCCUCUUGAAAGGUGGUUUGCAGAAAGAAACAGUUGAGGGUGUUCAAAGAAGAAGUGGUGUGGUACAGCACUUUUGUAUGAAAACUUCUCACUACAAUUCAACUAAUUCUUCACAAGAGUGGCCUGCAGGGAAAUAUUGCAUUUUUCAAUAUGGUGACUCUUGUCCACCAAAAUUUACCAAUGGUAAUAUUACUUUAAGAGAUACUCAUAAUUCACCUUCGCACAACAAAGUUGAUGGAUUUUAUCCGAAGGGUAAUUAUACAUCCCAAACCACCACCAUCAACUUUUGCUGUCGGGAUGACGAUCGUGCAGACAAUCCCAUAAUUUUACCAAAUGAUGAUCCAUUUUAUCUUUUUAAGUAUGGCGACAACUGUCAGAAAGUAGAAGGGAUGUCGGAAAUGGAGCACUAUUUCCAUUUCAAUGAAGAUGUAGAACCAUGGAAGAAAAUGGAAAAAGAAGAUGGUUUACCGAAAUAUGGUGGAAUGCAUCCAAAUAUAGAUAAAGAUACGUAUGAGAAAGGCAUUGCCAUCUACUAUUGCUACUAUGAUAUUUAUAAAAGUUUACGGGGGUUCCGGGUAGUAGUGGAUGAUACGGGACUUGUUGAUACUUACAUCAAGUAUUACGACGAUCUUUCAUAUGGCAUUCCUCAUACGGAAGUUGGGAAGUUUUUGAAUGCUUACACAUGUGCAGUCUAUCCAGUCACCAAUCGUGAAUUUCAUGUCUGGAAGGUCAAUUGUUCUCAACCAGUCUAUGGUCAAUAUGUCACAUUGCAAGUAUACAGCAGAUUUGACAGUUUGAGGUUUUGCGAAAUAAAGGUUUUUGGAGUUGAAUCUUGUGGGCAACCCUUAGGGAUGGCGUCGGAAGAAAUAUUCGAUUCCCAAAUCAGUGCUUCUUCAAGUCAUGACCAAGAUAAAUAUCAUUAUACGAAUGCCAGACUUAAUUCGAAUUUCGGAUGGUGUGCCAGCUUCAAGGAUGAUUAUAAAAAUCUUACAGUAGAUCUUCAAAAAGUGACUACAGUAACCGGUAUAAUUCUCCAAGGGCUGAAUGGAGCUCCCAAGAUGACCAUUGUGAAAAAAUUCUUCGUAACUUUCAGCAACGACUCUAAGAACUGGUUAUAUGAGGAAGAGCCUGUGGGACAACAGAAAGUUUACAUAUGCGAGCAGUGCAAAUCGGACAAAGUUUACAAAAAUGACUUGGAAAUAAGAUAUAACUUUUUGAAGGGCAUUUCAACCAGGUUCAUACAAAUAAGAAUUUUAGAUUUUAGUGUUCAACCAUGUUUGAGAAUGGAAAUUCUUGGGUGUAGAAAAGAAGAGCCCUGUGAAUAUUCCGUAAAAGCAACAGAAGGAACUGUUUAUUCACCAAAUUACCCACUUUAUUACGGGCAAGAUAAGUCUUGUGAAUGGGUAAUAACACCUGAAUCAAAAAAGCAUAUUGAGAUGAAUUUCUUAAUUUACGACAUGGCUGACCAAGAGGAUGAAUCUAAGGCUGGAAAGUGCAAAGAUGAGCUUAUUGUAUAUCCCAAAAAAUUCAGCAAUAAUAGCAUUAGCUUUCCUCAAGGAAAACAUUUUCCGAAAAGGAUUAUUUCGAAUGGUACCUUGAAGAUACGAAUGAAAAGUUGCUUCAGAUAUUCUAGAAGUAGAUUUCGAGGAUUUUAUGCUCAUUAUAAAUCAGUUGAUUGCCCAGGAUGUGGAAUCGGAAGUGUUCAGUGUUCUGACGGACAUGUGUGUGAGUCACCAUGUGGAAAAAUAUUAUCAUAUGGAUAUCCGCUCAACUACCCAAAUAAUCAUAGAUGUGGGUGGUUAAUACGAACCAAUUCCUCGCACUUCAUUUCCCUUACUUUUCAAGAUUUUGAUAUAAAAGGAGGAGAGAAUUGUCAGUUUGAUUAUUUGGCUGUAUACAAUGGGGAUUCCAAUGAAAAAUCUAAUCUAAUUGGACGGUUUUGUAACACUAAGAAACCACCCCUUGAGAUAGUUUCCAAUUGGAACACUUUGACCAUUGAAUUUUCCUCAGAUGCGGAUGAAACUGGAAGAGGAUUUUCUCUGACUUACGCUUCCAUGAAUUAUGAAAUUCCUACCGACAUUGCAAAUGAUACAAAGAAAGAUGAAGACUACUGUCUCCCCGGAUGGGAAUAUCACAACGGAUAUUGCUACAAUGCGUAUCAUGGAAGCGUGCCGAUACAGUGGUACGAAGCAGAGAGAAAAUGUCAAAGUUAUGAUGCGAGUAGCCAUUUAGUGAGCAUUUUGGACGAGAAAGAGAAUGCUAUCAUUCAUUACUUCCUUACUAAUGUAUGGCAUGCAAAGCAUAAGGCACUCUACAUAGGACUUAAUGACGAUGCAAGAGAAGGUGUUUAUAGAUGGAGUGAUGGUAAUCCAAUGAUAUAUGCUGACUGGGCGAUGAGCAGUCGAUCCUUCACGAAUCAACCAGAUGGUGGAACUUACCAAGAUUGCACAAUGUUGAGAGUGGAUAGUGGACAUUCGACUGCCCACUGGCAUGACAUCCCAUGUUCUUUGGGAAAGUUAACUUUUUAUGAAAAAGAUGGAAUUGAUUUUGGAGGAUUCAAAAUUGGUGUGAAUGCUUCCCUGAACAGCUAUAUUUGUAAAAUGAAAAGCAAAGUACCCAUAAAUGCUACCAGGAAUAUUCCUUCGCUGUUUUCUGAAAUCAAUACGCAUGAAAUUGUCCCAGUAAAUAUGUCCAGUCAAAAAUAUUUUCAGUGCCAGAAUGGCGAAAUAAUCACAAUUCUUUCUGUCUGUGACUUUGUUGAAGAUUGCAAGGACGGUAGUGAUGAGUAUAAUUGCACCCUUGAAUCCUGUCCUCGUUGCAGCUUUCAGUGCGAUAAUGGAAAUUAUAUCAUAGUAGAUGGAUAUUGUGAUUAUGAAGAUGAUUGUGGGGACAACUCUGAUGAAAGCAGAUGUGAUUACAGACAAUGUGGUCGAUAUGAGUUCCAGUGCAGAAAUAAACAGUGUAUACCUUUCCAAAAACGGUGUAAUUUACUUUUGGAUUGCUUUGAUGGAACAGAUGAAAUUGAUUGCAAAGGAUACUGUAAUAACGACGCAACUUUCAAGUGCUAUGAUGGUACCUGUAUUCCUAGGCAUGCACUUUGCGACGGGCAUAGAGACUGUCCUGGAAAUUAUCAUGAAGAUGAGCAGAUUGGGUGUACUAGAAAAGAAGAUAGAAUGGGGAGAGAGGAAGAGAAGAAUCUUUGCUCGAAGAGAGAUCGAAGAACAUGCUUGGAUCUCUACAUGCUAGACAACAUACGAACCAGUGGCUACUACGUCAUUGAUUCUGAUGGUUCAGAUGGAUCAGUUCCACCUUUCCCAGUUUAUUGCGAAAUUGACUCCGAUUCCAGCGAAGUCAUCACAGUUGUGAAUCAUGAUUCAGAAGAAAGGAUAUAUGUUCGAUCCAGUCGCGAAAGUCCAGGAAGUUACAUACGUUCAAUUGUCUACGACAACGGAAUGGACAAAAUAAGAGCCCUCAUCAAUGCCUCGAAGACAUGUCGACAAAACAUUGUCUGGGAAUGUUGUGGUACAGGAUUUCACUUUGGUUCUUUGAAACCUAUCAGUUGGUGGGUAUCGUGGGAUAAGAAACCCCAGUACUAUUGGGGAGGGGCCAAAUCGAAUCUCACCUGUGGAUGUUACGAGACAGGUUGUAGAAAUCCUAAUUAUACCUGCAAUUGCGAUUCCGUGAAGAAUUUUGAAUGGUCUAAAGACGAAGGAUAUCUGACGGACAAGAGAACUUUGCCUGUUUUAGAAGUUAGAUUUGGGCAUACAUAUAAAACAGGACAAUAUGGAUUUCACAGGAUUGGACGUUUAGAAUGUAGGGGAAAUGCUGUUGAAUACAAUGAGAAUUGUACAAAUUCUACCAACUACAUGAAAUGUCUCUCCGGUGUUUACAGAAACAUAUCUUCUCGAUGUCUCUAUGAGUUUGAUCAGUAUAAUUAUCAAUUAGGUUGUAGAGAUGUUACGCACCUUAAAAAUUGUGAGAAUUUUCAGUGUCCAGACGAAUAUGUUAAGUGCCCGAACUCUUACUGCAUACCAACUAUGUAUAUUUGUAAUGGAAUAUGGGAUUGUAUUGGUGGCGGAGAUGAAAUCAAUUGUGGUAACUACGUCUGCCCUGGAAAAUAUAAAUGCUACAAUUCAAGUGCUUGUUUACCUCUAAACAAAUUGUGUAACGGAGAAUGGAAUUGCCCAAUUGGCGACGAUGAGCUUUUAUGUGAUUUUAUCUGCCCUGAAAACUGUACCUGCAUCGGUUUGUUUGUAUCAUGCGCGGGCUCGAAUGCAACAUUGUUACCUUCUGAUCUUUCAAACGAAAUCCGAAGCCUGAAUUUUAGCUGCAAUCAGCUCGACUUAGGAAACACUAACUUUUCAAGAUUUUGGAGUUUAGGGGAACUUUAUCUUCAGUUCAAUGAUUUAUCGGUUUUACCACCAGAAGCAUUUUUAGGUCUACGAAAUUUAUACAAAUUAGACUUGAGUCAUAAUAAACUGACGGUUAUUUCGAACUUUACAUUUAAGGGAUUAAACAAUGUUCGGUAUUUAAAUCUUGAAAAUAAUCCAACGCUGAUGUACAUUUCAUCAGAUGCAUUUCAUGGAUUGAAGAGUCUCCUUGUCUUGAAUCUUACUGAUAUUUCUCUGAAAGUUCUUAAAAGAAACACGUUUACUGGGAUGUCAAAUUUAGAAAAACUGGGUUUGCAAAACAAUAAAAUUGAAAAAGUAGAAGAUGGGGCAUUUCACGGUUUGAGUUCAGUUACUGUAUUGGAUAUUACUGGAAACGAUAUUGUUGAUUUCACAUCGGAUAUUUUUGAAGGAUUAGACUCUUUAGAAUAUUUAAAAAGUGAUAGCUAUACAUUCUGUUGCAAAGCUUCUCCAAAAGUGCCAUUCAGCAAUUGCCAACCCCCAGCUGAUGUCAUAUCCUCAUGCACAGACUUGAUGAGAACUCCAGUCCAAAGAUCCUUUCUGUGGGUUCUAGGUGUGGUGGCUUUCUUGGGAAACUUAUUCGUCAUCGUCUGGAGAAUCAAAACAAAAGAUGCCAACAGAAUAAGCUCCACUCUCAUUCUCAACUUAGGAUGUGCUGACUUUUUAAUGGGCAUUUACCUUAUCAUCAUCGCCAGUGUCGAUGUCCACUACAGAGGAAUCUACAUUGAGAAUUCUGACCGAUGGAAAAGGAGCGGUCUUUGUAAUUUUUGUGGUUUCCUUUCCACUAUGUCCAGUGAAGUGUCCGUACAAACACUGUCCUACAUAACUCUAGACCGUUUGAUAUGCCUAUGCUUUCCUCUGUCGCAUAAAAGAUUUAGUAUACGAUUUACGCAUAGACUUAUAGCGUUAUCGUGGAUUUCUGCCGUUUUAAUGGCAUCGAUUCCUUUGGUAAUUGAACCUUACUUCAAGGGGCAAUUUUAUGCACGUUCUGGCGUAUGUUUGGCUCUUCAUAUCACGAAUCACAGACCAGCUGGUUGGGAGUAUUCUGUUGCAAUUUUCUUUUGCACGAAUGUUUUGGGAUUUCUUGUAAUUGUUGGUUCAUAUAUGUAUAUGUAUUUCACUAUUAAGAAGUCUUAUAAGAACAUGGGUCGACUCAUGGCUCGUCACCCGAGGGAAAAUAAAAUAGGCAGACAGAUGGCGCUGAUUGCACUGACGAAUUCUAUGUGUUGGUGUCCUGUAAUUGUCAUGGGUCUGCUAGCCAUGUUUGGUGUCAAUAUACCUGGGGAGGUUUAUGCUUGGACUGCCAUAUUUGUUUUACCUCUUAAUUCAGCGACUAAUCCACUGAUCUACACGAUUUCUUCUUUACACUUUCAUACUAAAUUACUUUCAAAGUUUGGCUUAAAUGUGAAUGAUACAAAAGGAUCCUACAGUAACAAUACUACAGUUGGCAAUUCGGGUACUGGGAUUAAUAAGCGUACAAUGAUGAGGGAUGAUCUCGAUGCUGUAUCUUUCAAACCACCGCAUGGCUACGUCACCCUUUUGCACUACCUGCGAACUGUUCCCGGACUCACACCACGGCAUUUACUAAAGAUCGCCAUUGCCAUUUGCAAAACUCUUACGGAGCUACAUGCUAGAAGUUAUGUUUUAGGUGGGAUAGAUGUGAAUGCUGUAUUCAUUUGUGAGAAUUCUUAUUUAGUAAGUAACUAUACUUUUUCUUUACUUAUUAAUCAGAUGGAUGAUUUCUGGAUCAAUUUUUUGACAUAA